AUGGCCGACUCAUUUCAUCGAAUCCGUGCCUCGGUCAUCGAGGGUCGAGCGCGAACACCUCGUUACAUCCAACGACAACUCCUCCUCUUGCACAACACUUUACAAAAAUCACUCCCAGCCAUCCGGACGGCCAUCAGACGAGAGACCAAUUACACUCCCGCUGAGAUUGAUGUCGAAAUCUACUUGACUUUCAAAAUGCUCAAGCGGGAGUAUGAGUCACUGGAUCUCUCCAAGUUUCUGGAAGACGAAUACAGCCUGGCCCAUCGAAAGGACCAUCCUUCUCGCCGCGUCGCCAUUGGAUGUGUCUAUAUCAUCCCUUCGCGGCAUACUCGGUUUUACUCGGUCGUGCAGCCCGUCGCUGCUGCUAUUGCCGCUGGAAAUUGUGUCAUGAUCGAGCUAGACAAGUCUGCUUCAGAGUUCGACUCUCUAUUGGCAAAGGUUCUCUCUGAAUCUGUGGACAAGGCCACCUUUGCCGUUGUGACCGGCAAACCCAACGACCAAGACUUCUUCACUCAGCACUGCGUCGUGGUGGACGCUCCGAGUGACCCUGAGAAACGGGGAUCGGCUCGCACAUUACUGGCACCUGCUUCACCCAGAUCUGUUGCCGUGGUCGAUCGGACUGCGAUUGCCGCUUCAUCAUCUCCUUCUCCUUUUCCCGCCGACAGCGCCAGCAGCAUCGCCCAAGUAGCGCGAGAGAUUGUGCGCGCACGAUUCAGUUUUGGUGGCGAGUCUCCCUAUGCACCGGAUCUGGUGCUGGUCAACGAGUUUAUGUUACCUCAAUUCUGCCGCGAAGCAGUACAGUACGCUACAAUUUUGUUGGCAGAAAACGUCCAGACGAGCCCCGGGGAUGAUUACGAUGAUAAUACCGCCACAUCUCGGCCUGUGCUGGCGAGAUCCGUCGGCGAGAGCCCAUUAACCAAAGAAUUGUUGCAAGCUGAUUGCGUGUCUACUCUUGUAUCAGGUGUGGGGGGGAAGGUCUUGCAUGUUCAGAAGAGAGUUCCGGCACUUUUGAAUCGAAAGAUCUCGGAGCCAGUCCUCGUGGUCCACUCUAUGCGUAGCCUUGACGACGGCAUCGACUUGGCCAAUUCCCUUAACAACAACAAGCCGCAUCUUGCAACGUACUUUUUCUCCAACGCCGCAACGGCCAAAUAUCUUGGCCAAUUCAUCCCAUCACAUAUCUCAUUUGCCAACUCAAUCCCGGUUGAAUUACUUGUUGGCCCUGCUGCCCCCGUCUCGUCUUCCCAACCGACAACUAUUCACCCGCGUCACCCACGCGAUCUCUUCUCCUACCCUUCACCAGAAUACAUCUCCACUCGGACAGAUCAACAGUUUCUAUGCAAUCUCUUAAAUUCGUCUACGACUACCAAAGAAUCUCGGAAACAGAUGCACGACGUUCUUGUCAAACCUUUGACCCCGAUGAAUGAGGGUUCGGGUAAGGCGAUAGGAUUCUUCGAGCAAGGCCUUAUCCUUGGCGGUGUUGUGGGUUUGUUGAGCUUGAUGAGCGUGCUCGGUGCUUUUGGGAGGUAUGUUGCAGGCCCGGUUAUAAGAGGAAAGCUUGCGAAGAGAUAG